AUGUUUGCUAAGAUCACUCUUCCAAAAUCAAUACCCAUAGAUACAGUCCCCACCGAUGUCAUUAAUAGUGCAAUUAAUGGAGAACAGAAAGGCCUAUUGAGUGAAGAAGUGUAUAACAUGAAGGACUCGAAAAUAAAAGCUCUUUACAAAUGGUACCGACCAGAAAUAGUGACUCCAGGAAAACGAAGUUUCGACUUACUCCGAACUCCAAAGUUCAACAAGGGCAUGGCAUUCUCUCUGUACGAGCGACAAUUUCUUGGACUCCACGGCCUUUUACCGCCCACAUUCAUGACAUUAGAACAGCAGGCCUACCGCGUAAUGUCGCACCUACGCCAGCAACCCAACGAUUUGGCAAAGUAUAUCCAGUUGGACAGCCUACAGGACACUAACGAGAAGUUGUUUUACCGAGUUAUCUGCGACAACGUGAAAGAAUUAAUGCGUAUUGUGUAUACGCCCACGGUUGGAUUGGCUUGCCAAAAAUUCGGCUUCAUUUAUAGAAAUCCAAAAGGUUUGUACAUCACAAUUCACGACAACAGCGUAAGCAAAAUCUACCAAAUCCUUUCGAACUGGCCAAACAAGGACAUCCAGGCUAUAGUGGUGACAGAUGGCGAAAGAAUUCUUGGACUAGGGGAUCUUGGAGCAUACGGUAUGGGCAUACCAGUCGGCAAGUUAGCGUUGUACGUAGCUUUGGCUGGCGUACAUCCCGAGCAUUGCCUACCCAUUCUACUCGAUGUUGGCACAAAUAACAAUACGCUGCUCAACGAUCCGUUCUACAUUGGAUUGCGAAGAAAACGCACACGCGGAGAAGAGUACGACACUCUCGUGGACAACUUUAUGAAGGCUUGCACGAAAAGGUUCGGCCGUGACACCCUAAUACAAUUUGAAGACUUUGGAAACUUGAAUGCAUAUCGUUUACUGGAUAAGUACAAAGACAAGUACUGCAUGUUUAACGACGACAUACAAGGAACUGCAGCGGUCGUCGUUGCCGGUUUACUCACUACGAUGCGUGUUACCAAAAAGAAAAUGUGUGAGCAAAAAAUCCUUUUCUUCGGAGCAGGAGGGGCUAAUACUGGGGUGGCUGAGAUGUGCAUCCGCCAAAUGGUCGAGGAAGGGAUUUCCGAAGAAGAAGCUUGCCAGAACAUUUUUAUGUUUGAUAUCGAUGGACUCAUCACUAAGAGCCGAAUGGACUCUUUACUACCACGGCAUAGGCGAUUUGCAAAGGAUCUUCCUGACACGAAGGACUUGUACGAGGUGGUAAAAAUGGUAAAACCACAUGCGCUUAUUGGACAAGUACUUAAUGCAAGAAAAGGGACUUCGUUACAUCUGCCACUUGUGCCUUCUCAAGACAUCCUUGAGCGAACCCCUUACUGGGGUUCUUUGCAGCCUACCCUUUCAAUUAAAGGCAGCAUACAACGAAUCUGA